GUCGUCUCCACUUCACUUCCCAGCUCCGCCGCCGCAUCUCGCAUCUCGCAGCCGCGCUCGCCGGCGCAGCUGAAGCUCUCGACGCUCAUCGCUUCGCCGCUCGCGCAGCAACCACCUGACUAUGAGCUCCUCAUCUCCACGGACGGCCAUGGCGAGGGACUCCAAGAAGAAGAAGAAGAAGCGCCUGAAGGGGAGCCCGGUGUCCAAGCUCACCGACGACAUCCUCGCCGAUAUCAUCUCGCGCGUGCCGUACAAGUCCACCUGCUGCUGCAAAUGCGUCUCCACGCGCUGGCGCGACCUCAUCUCCUACCAGUGCCGAAACAAGAUGCCGCAGUCCAUCGUCGGCUUCUUCUACGAAGGUUACAACGAAUUCCGCUCUCCCAAGAAGGCUCGUUAUUUUACCAAUCUGUCACGGCAACGCUAUCCUCUCGUCGACCCCUCGCUGUCUUUCCUGCCCAAUUGCGAGAGCCUUGACAUCUUGGACAGCUGCAAUGGCCUCCUCCUCUGCCGCUGCUGGAAGGUGACUGAUCCCAAGACAUUGGAUUAUGUGGUGUGCAAUCCCACUACUCAGAAAUUGGUGGCCGUGCCUGCCACUGACUGGUCCAGCAUGGUGAGCGUCGCUCGCCUGGGAUUCGACCCGGCCGUUUCUUCCCACUUCCAUGUAUUCGAGUUCAUAGAUGAGGAGUCAUGGGGUAUAUCUGAGGACGAGCUUGAUGGCGAUUGCUGUGGACGCAUCGAAACACUAGCAAUAUACUCAUCCAAAGCUGGAGCUUGGAAAUAUCAAACAGUUGAGCAUGGUCGCUUUUCGAUACCCAAGAAUUCAGUAAGCACAUUUUUUAAUGGGAUCUUACAUUUGGCUAACUUAUUUGAAUGUAUAGUAGCUGUUGAUGUGGAAGGAGCUAAUUGGUGGCUCAUUGAUGUUCCUGAGCUACCUUACUAUGCUGAUUGUAUCGGUGGCAUAUUUCCAUCACAGGGACGGUUGUAUUUUGCUGAUUCUGAUGGUUCUAAACUAUCAAUCUGGGUUCUUGAGGACUACGUUACAGGAAAAUGGACUUUGAAGCACAAUGUGAGCCACUUGCAGUUAUUCAGAACAAAGUAUUCAUCGUAUGUGAAUAAUUAUGAGGUUAUUUCUAUCCAUCCGGAACACAGUUUGGUUUUUAUAGUCGGUGGAGUUGAGAAGACACUAAUGUCAUACGACAUGGAUUCUAGAAAGCUGUGUUUUAUACGUCAACUUGGCUCUGAGUGUAAGCUUGAAUGGCAAUGGUGGCCUGAAUGCGGCAAAAAGGCUCCUCCUUUUUAUCCACAUGUCCCCUUGUUCUCAGAGUCAUUGGCAGAUGAACACUAAAUCUCUUUCUUGUGUACUGCAGCUUCACAAUUCUCCAUCUUCUAAUGAUAUUGGAGUUUGGUCUUGAAUUCGGGCAGCAGUGGUUUCGGUAGCUGUUUAUGAAGUUCUGAUAGUUUUUGUUGGUGCUUGAGCACACUCAUGUCCUGACUAUUGCAGUUAAGUGCGUAACUGAGCUUGUGAUUGUGUACUUUUAUAUAUUCAUGGCAGUUAGCAGCCCGCUACUUUAAUUA